UGUUCUGACAGUGACCGGGGAGCCGCCGGGGCAGCUUUACGCGUCACCGGGGAACUAGAGCAGCUUUUAUCGGCUCGUCCUUUGACGAGGUGCCGCCGCGGAGCUCGCUCGCUAGCGGUUAGCUUCCUCCGUCACAAGCUAGCAACAGUUAGCCUCACCCGGACCGGAAGUGAGCGACUUCACCUUCAAAACAAACGAGCUGUGAUGUCAUGGCAGCUGCCAUUGUGAGCAGACCCGCUGCUUUCCACACCAUCGAGAAGUCUCAGCUGAUCCUGAAAGUGGUUUCAGCGAAGCCCCAGUCACCCAAGCUGCCAAGCCGCCACUCUCGGCUCAGCUCCUUCGUGGAGGUGACUGCUGACGGUCUGAGCAGCGAAACCAAAAAAACGGGCAAACGCAGCGGACAAGUCGAGCUGCAGUGGAAUGAAGACCUCACCCUUAAUGUGACGCCUCAGAGUCGUCUGGAUCUGAAGCUGUGGUGCUGCCACACCCUGAGAAAGGAGCUACUGGGCAGCGCCACCAUCGACCUCCUGGACACACUGCGUUCACACGAUGGCAAGAUGGAGAACGUCCAGCUGAGUCUGGUGCUGCAGACGGAGAACAAAGGCCUGGUUGUAGCGGGAGGCGAGCUCAACGUCUGUCUGGACGGCAUGGUUGUUGAUCUGGGCUCGCUGCCCAAUGGCAGGAUGGCAGCAGACAAGAUGCUUCAGUCAGACCGACCCAACCUGAGGAGAACCCAGAGCGAGGAGACGCCCAGUGCUGCUGGCUCUAACAGCAGGAGUAACAGACUCUCAGUGGGGGGUUCGCAGACUGGCUCCCCAGGGUCCUCCAGGGGGGGCUCUCUGACUAAUGGGGAUCUGACUGAGGAGCAGAUCCCCGGGCCGGGCUCGUCUGCUCACCGCCGCUCCUCCAAGUGUCUCGGAAGCCCAGGAAAUGGAUCAGACAAAGAGAACAGUCAGGUGGGCGUGGCCCGUCACACGCCUCCUCCGCCCUCUCCAUCAGGUCGAUCACCGGCUCCGAGCAGCGACAGCAGCUCUCCUCCCGGUCAGGACGCCCCGGGGCCGGCCAACCUGGCGGAGCCCGGCCCAAACGCCACCCCUGGCAGCACGGAGCCGGCCGGUGGCAACAGCACGACGGAGCCCACGUCAGAAUCACUCCCGGCAGGCUGGGAGCAGAGGGUGUUGCCUCAUGGCAGAGUUUACUACGUUGACCACAACACCAAGACCACAACCUGGGAGAGACCGCUGCCACCGGGUUGGGAGAAGCGAGUGGACCAGCAGGGCCGAUUCUACUACGUGGACCACAACACCAGAACCACCACAUGGCAGAGGCCCACGGCCGAGUCGGUGCGCAACUACCAGCAGUGGCAGAGCCAGCGCAGCCAGCUGCAGGGCGCCAUGCACCAGUUCAGCCAGCGUUUCCUCUACCAGCAGCCGCAGGGUGCUCCGGUGGAGAAUGACCCUCUGGGCGGGCUGCCUCCUGGAUGGGAGAAGCGUCAGGAUAAUGGCCGAAUUUACUUUGUCAACCACAACACUCGGACGACGCAGUGGGACGAUCCGCGGACCCAAGGGAUGAUCAAGGAGCACCCCCUGCCCCCGGGCUGGGAGAUGAAGUACACCGCCGAGGGAGUCCGAUAUUUUGUGGACCACAACUUGCUCAGCACCACCUUUAAAGAUCCCCGACCCGGGUUUGAGUCAGGAUCUCGGCAGGGCGGUUCACCCGGCGCCUACGACCGCAGCUUCAGGUGGAAAUACCAUCAGUUCCGUUUCCUGUGCCAUUCCAAUGCUCUGCCGAGCCACGUGAAGAUCUCCGUGUCCAGACAGACGCUGUUUGAAGACUCGUUUCAGCAGAUUAUGAAUGUGAAGCCAUACGACCUUCGCCGUCGACUCUACAUCAUCAUGAGGGGAGAGGAGGGGCUGGACUACGGCGGCAUCGCCAGGGAGUGGUUCUUCCUGCUGUCCCACGAGGUCCUGAACCCCAUGUACUGUCUGUUCGAAUACGCCGGCAAGAAUAACUACUGCCUGCAGAUCAACCCGGCGUCCUCCAUCAACCCCGACCACCUCACGUACUUCCGCUUCAUCGGGCGCUUCAUCGCCAUGGCUUUGUACCACGGGAAGUUUAUCGACACCGGCUUCACGCUGCCGUUCUAUAAGCGAAUGUUGGAUAAGAAACCAACACUCAAAGACCUGGAGUCCAUAGACCCUGAGUUCUUUAACUCCAUCAUGUGGGUCAAAGAGAACAACCUGGAGGAGUGCGGUGUGGAGCUGUACUUCGCACAGGACAUGGAGAUCCUGGGGAAAGUUUCCACUCACCAGCUGAAGGACGACGGAGAGAACGAGCUGGUCACGGAGGAGAACAAGGAGGAGUAUAUCAGCCUGCUGACAGACUGGAGGUUCACCCGCGGCGUGGAGGAGCAGACCAAAGCUUUCCUGGACGGCUUCAACGAGGUGGUUCCCCUGGAGUGGCUCCGCUACUUUGACGAGAAGGAGCUGGAGCUGAUGCUUUGUGGGAUGCAGGAGAUCGAUUUGUCCGACUGGCAGAGGAACACCAUCUACAGACAUUACACCAAGAACAGCAAGCAGAUCCACUGGUUCUGGCAGGUGGUGAAAGACAUGGACAACGAGAAGAGAAUCCGUCUGCUUCAGUUCGUAACAGGAACCUGUCGGCUGCCCGUUGGAGGCUUCGCCGAGCUCAUAGGAAGUAACGGUCCCCAGAAGUUCUGCAUAGACAAGGUGGGGAAGGAGACCUGGCUUCCAAGAAGCCACACAUGCUUCAACCGUCUGGACCUGCCGCCGUACAGGAGCCUGGAGCAGCUGCGGGAGAAACUCCUGUUCGCCAUCGAGGAGACUGAGGGAUUCGGACAGGAGUGACGCAGGAAACUCACACGACUGAGAAAGAGCCGUCCAUACGAUGGGAUGAUUUUUGUUCUUAUUAUUUUGCAUUUGUUAAUCUCAGAGCUGAGAAAUCACCUGACAUCUGGCGCCCCCUGGGGGAGGGCCGUGGGAUGAAGACGGAGCUGAUGAUGGAGACCGUGGAGGAAAAGUGUGUGUAGCUGCUCACGUUGAUGCCAGUGUACAUAUGCAUAUAAGUGUGUGUGUGUGUGUGUGUGUGUGUGUGUGUGUGUGUGUGUGUGUGUGUGUGUGUGUGUGUGUGUGUGUGUGUGUGUGUGUGUGUGUGUGUGUGUGUGUGUGUGUGUGUGUGUGUGUGUGACGGCGCACACAGAGAAGUAUAUCGGACGGAGUCUCACUCAUCAUCUCUUCUUGGAAACGCAGCAGCGAGUUUGAUUCUCAGCAGCUUCACAGAUUAAACAUAUCGACCUGAGAGAAAUAAGUUUUUUGAACAUGUUAAAUGACAGAGGCAGCGCACGAGAGGAGCAGAGUGCACGUGUGAACCAGGAACCUCUGUUAAAACAGAUGAGACGUGAUUUUAUUUUUUAUUUUCCUGUUCAUUGUGAAAUUAAGCGUUUUUCUCCUGUAUAUAACUAAAAUAAAUGAGAUUUCAAUCUUAA